AUGGCGAGCGGCCUGGACAUGUCGCUGGACGACCUCAUCAAGAAGUCCAAGUCCCGGCCCAAGGCCAACCCCGCGUCCUCGUCGGGGCCUGCCCGCCGCGCGCCACACCCCGCCCGCGCCGCGCCCUACCCACCGGCCGCUCCCAAGGCCCGUGCCGCCGCCGACUCGCCCUACGGGGUCUACUCCGAGCACAUCGCCGCUAUAGCCGCGGUCGCGCCGCCGCCGCCGCCGCCGGCCACAGCAAGGUCGCUCGAGACGGGGACGAAGCUGCACAUCUCCAACCUUGACUCCAGCGUCACCGUCGAGGAUGUCCAGGAACUCUUCUCAGAGGUUGGGGAGCUCAAGCGUUAUUCAAUGAACUAUGACAAGGAUGGGAGAUCCAAGGGAACUGCGGAAGUUGUCUUUGCAAGGAAAGUGGAUGCUUUGGAUGCUAUCAAGAGAUACAAUGGUGUUCUACUUGAUGGGAAGCCAAUGAAUUUAGAGCUCAUUGGAAACAAUGUCGAACCACCUCCCAUGCCACCAAUAAUACCCAAUCGUCCGUUGCAGAACUAUAAUGAUAUACAUAGCAGUGUGCCUCAAUCCCAAAGAGGUGGUCAGCGAAGAGCACCUCAAGGCAACAGUUGGGGUGGACGUAGUAGUCAAAGCAGUGGUGGCCGCGGACAGGGGAAAGGCCGAGGACAGGACCGGAAUCGCACCGCCAUUUCUGCUGCAGAUCUUGACGCUGAACUUGACAAGUACCAUGCCGCAGCAGUGAAAGAGGAAUGA